AUCACUGUUAGUCUGUUGUUACCGCCCUACCUUCCUUUUCUCUGAAUUCUCAGCUAGCUACGAUUUUCUCUUCUUCUCUCAUAUUAUUGCUAAAGGAAAAUGGAGCAACUGAGGGCAGCAUGGGCAGCGAAGGCUAUCGUUAUGAUCAUAAUCACUUCCAUUCUUUUCCAAUGCGUCUGCGGUGUUAACCACACCGUCGGCGAAACUUCUGGCUGGGAUCUCACUUCCAAUAUCCAGGCCUGGGCCUCUUCCGCUACCUUCUCCGUUGGCGAUGAUCUCGUGUUCUUGUAUACGCCGGUCUAUGAUGUGGUGGAGGUUAACCAACAAGGUUACGACACGUGUACUAUCGCCAACGCCAUGGCCACGUACAGCUCCGGGGAAACAGUGAUCCACCUCACGGCACCUGGAACCCGCUACUUCGUUUGCGGCAGAUUGGGCCACUGCCAACAGGGCCUAAAACUUCAAGUCCAAGUCCAGACCCAGGCCCAGGGACAGACCCAAUCCAACAAUAACGGUGCUCCUCCACAUUCUUCUGGCAACUCCCUUCCGGCUCCGCCUCAUUCUGCCCCCGACACUCCUCCUGCUGAUGUUCCAGAAUCUUGCGAUUGCUCACGUGCUGACCACAUGCUUACGUCGAUUACGCUCGUGAUCACCACCGUGAUCCUCUCUUCCGCUCGCGCUGCGUUCCUCUUCCCACUUAAGCAUCAUCUCCUGCUGGUUUUCACCUGAAGCGGUGAGCUUCCUCUGCUUCCAACCACACAUUUUUAGUUACCUAUUAUGGACUAUUCCUUUUGAUGGCAUCAUACGAUGGGUGAUUUCAUUCAUUUCAUUUCAUUUCAGUCAAUUGCUUUGUUGG